AGUUCCCAUGAUCCUUGCUUCCCUUUCCAGUCGCCCUUGGUGCCCUGUACUUCACUGUGGUACUGGACAGAAGAGCUGUGUUUUCCAGGAAGACUCGGCCAGGCCGUGUUUCGGGUCUCUGGAUUCAGGUCCCAGGAGUCCUGACCAGAGAGCAGUUUACCUGACAGUGACUCGAGAGCUGAGAACUGGGCACACGGCACACUGUUGGGAUAUCUGAGGCCUGAAGGCGCCGAUGAGCAGCCACCAGGCAUCAGUGUUUUUCUGACCGAAGUUCUCAUUUCCUGACGAUGGAAAUGGAACAAGAAAAAAUGACCAUGAAUAAGGAAUUGAGCUCAGACGCGGCUGCGUACUGCUGCUCGGCCUGCCACGGCGACGAGACCUGGAGUUACAACCACCCCAUCCGGGGCCGGGCCAAGUCUCGCAGCCUGUCUGCCUCGCCUGCCCUGGGGAGCACCAAGGAGUUCAGGAGGACACGCUCUCUCCAUGGGCCAUGCCCGGUGACCACUUUUGGACCAAAGGCCUGCGUGCUGCAGAACCCCCAGACCAUCAUGCACAUUCAGGACCCUGCAAGCCAGCGGCUGACGUGGAACAAGUCUCCGAAGAGUGUCCUUGUCAUCAAGAAGAUGAGAGACGCCAGCCUACUGCAGCCGUUCAAGGAGCUCUGCACGCACCUCAUGGAGGAGAACAACAUGAUCGUGUAUGUGGAAAAGAAAGUGCUGGAAGACCCGGCCAUCGCCAGCGAUGAAAGCUUUGGGGCAGUGAAGAAGAAAUUCUGUACCUUUCGAGAAGAUUAUGAUGACAUUUCCAAUCAGAUAGACUUCAUCAUCUGCCUGGGGGGAGACGGGACGCUGCUGUACGCUUCCUCGCUCUUCCAGGGCAGCGUCCCUCCGGUCAUGGCCUUCCACCUGGGCUCCCUGGGCUUUCUGACCCCGUUCAGCUUUGAGAACUUUCAGUCCCAAGUUACUCAGGUGAUAGAGGGGAACGCAGCUGUUGUUCUUCGGAGCCGGCUGAAGGUCAGGGUGGUGAAGGAGCUCCGGGGGAAGAAGACCACGGUGCACAACGGGCUGGGUGAGAACGGCUCACGGCCUGCGGGCCUGGACAUGGAUGUCGGGAAGCAGGCCAUGCAGUACCAGGUCCUGAAUGAGGUGGUGAUUGACAGAGGCCCCUCCUCCUACCUGUCCAACGUGGACGUCUACCUGGACGGACACCUCAUCACCACGGUGCAGGGCGACGGAGUGAUCGUGUCCACCCCGACGGGCAGCACGGCGUAUGCGGCCGCGGCCGGGGCCUCCAUGAUCCACCCCAACGUGCCGGCCAUCAUGAUCACGCCCAUCUGCCCCCACUCGCUGUCCUUCCGGCCCAUCGUGGUCCCCGCAGGGGUCGAGCUGAAGAUCAUGCUGUCACCUGAAGCAAGAAACACAGCAUGGGUGUCCUUCGAUGGACGGAAGAGACAAGAGAUCCGCCACGGAGACAGCAUCAGCAUCACUACCUCAUGCUACCCGCUCCCCUCCAUCUGCGUGCGGGACCCCGUGAGCGACUGGUUUGAGAGCCUCGCGCAGUGCCUGCACUGGAACGUCCGCAAGAAGCAAGCCCACUUCGAGGAGGAGGAGGAGGAGGAGGGGGAGGGGGAGGGCUAGGUCGAGCCCUGUCCAGGCCCGAAUCCUUCCGCUGUCUUCUUCUCUGCCCUCCAGCGCCCUCUGGGGACAGACCAAUCUGUGUGUGUCUGUGACCGCCUCUGUCUCAGUGGCACGGCCACUUCCUUCCCGUAGCUGGGUCAGAGCCUGGGUCUGCCCUUUGUCCCGAUCAGCUGUUUUUUUUAACAUUUUAAGUCUGACUUUUUUUGCUUUUCUAAAGCAGCAGUGAGCAAUGGGCUGAGAGUGCUUCUGUCCCACUGACCCCGUGGGGGUCCCUGGAGCACAGCCUCCAGCUGCCGUAAUUCCAUGCCAGGAUAUUUGUCCACAAAUCAGUCGAUUGAAAUUCAGAGGGGUCGGAAUGACUCGACCUGUCCUUCAAUGUUGAAAAUAAAUGUCUCAGCCGAAAACCUUCCUUGAGCUGCGAUGCUUUUCCCCUUGGCCUGACCUCUUUCCUUAAAACUUCUGCAGGGAAACCCCAGGCGGAGGCGCUGUUGAAAAGUCUGUUCUUGCCGGUGGCUGGCAAGGUUGUUCUGUUCUGCUUAGUUUCUGGGGAGGGUUGGAUGCGUCCCCUGCUGCCCGGCCCUCCCCGCUCGGGGCCAGCACCGAGUCUGGGACCCUCAGUGGGAAGGGGGCUGGUCCUCACGUAGCUUCCGCUCCCAGGAAGGGGGCUUAAAUCCUGUAUAUACUUUUUAGAGAUUCUUUUAGAGUUUCUGAAGUGCUAUGUGCAUCUUUUCUUGUACACACUUUUGUGAAGAUUUCAAGGGGAAGGGAGUCGUCUGCCAUUAAAUGUUUACAUUUGUGUUCUGCAAGAUGCUGUCUUCGGGGACCAUUCGGGGACCAUUCUGUUCAGUGCGAUCCUGAUGGUCCAGGAGAUGGGGAUUUCCGGGGCUAGUGAUCGUGAUUCCUUUUAUCUUGCAACUGUAAUGAGAAUUUUUGACAUGAACACAGCGAGGGACUCAACACACUGAUUCUCCUCCUGCCUCUGCCAUGAGUCUCCAGCCUGCAAGGCACCGGCGGCUGUGGCGCAUGUGGGUGCUGCUACCCCGGCACACGCCUCUUCCACGGGCACACGUGUGUGGAGGCCGUGGUCAGAGCCUGGUGUUCUGGUUACUGCUGCCCGGGCGUCUGUUUUUUGAGAAACUGCUCUGAGUUUUGCACAUGAAAUUGUCUUCAUCUGCUGGAGACUGAUAAGAAAAAGAAGGCACAAAACAUUCGCCUCCGCCGGUGAGCUUCCCGCAGCCACCCGGCCCAGCCUGGGCACGUUCUCCGAGGCAUGUGUCUCCCUGCUCACCCUCGUCUGGGCACCUCAACAUCAGCAGACUUGAGCGUCCAAAAACCCCGAGUGUGAUUCUGCGCGGCGGGCCUAGCUUUAAGUCCACCGUGGCCCUGGGCACAGGGGAGGCCCCGCCGUGGGCUCAGGGGGAGAGAGGGACCAGCACCCAGCGUCAGGGCGGGAAGACAGCAGUGUUCAGAAUUCCAGCCGCUCAGCUGAAGAAAAAACGUAUGAACUGAGCUCUAAAGCAGCACGAGACGGAAAUGAUCUAGAAAACUUCGGAUUUUUGACGUAAAUUUUAAUGUUUCGUAUUAAUUUCUUGAAAAUUUAUUAAAUGUCAUUGAAAGCCUUAUUACGAUUUUCAGAUCCUUUCAAUAAACAAGACUUGUAAAAAA